AACGAAGAGUGUUUGCUACGCAAAGCCCCGGACAAAUGCAUGUACAUAUGCCUGUACAUAGUGGCUCCUAGACAAGUAGCCCACACUUUAUGCUUAUCUCGAUAAUAAUCCCACCAGAAACAACAAGUCGCCCAUUUCCUUCCGGUCCCCUCAAGUCUUUCCAAUAACCAACUAACCAACUACCACUACCUGCAAGGCCUCUUGCCACGCACACAAUCCCAGAGUCAGGGCUUUGUUCCCUCUCUUUUCUUCAUAGCGUAAUCUAUUUAUUUCUAGAGCUGCGGCUCCGUUCCGUCGUACAUAGACCUGGCCUGGCCUGGCUUUUCUCGAGCUGAGAAAUUCCUAGGUCCUAGGAAUUUCCCAGGAGUUCCCCAAACUUGCCGCUCCUUUCCUCGGCCGACGACACCGGACACGUUGCACCGUUCCAGUGCCCCCUCCUUAGACUAGACAAAGUCUUAAAAUCGGUGCUGCAGUUGCAUGACCUAAAAACGACUUCCGCCGUAUUGGUUCCGCUUGCUUUCUUACCGCACCCGCUCCGAGGUGCCAUCUUCUCGUCGUGACAGCACUCAAGAAGCAAGUCUGUUCAUCAUUGACAAGCUAUCGAGAUGGCUCAACUAGACACCUUGGACUUAAUUGUCCUUGGUGCCAUCCUAGUUGGCACCGUCGCUUACUUCACAAAAGGCAAAUACUGGGGUGUUACCAAAGAUCCAUAUGCCAAUGCACUUUCGAACGUAAAUGGACUCAAGGCGGGGAAGACGAGAAACAUUAUUGAAAAGAUGGAAGAGUCCGGCAAAAACUGUGUCAUUUUCUAUGGUUCUCAGACUGGUACCGCCGAAGACUACGCCUCCCGUUUGGCGAAGGAGGGCAAGAGCCGCUUCGGACUAGAAACCAUGGUAGCUGAUCUCGAAGAUUAUGACUUCGACAACCUCGAUGAGGUCCCCUCCGACAAAGUCGUUAUGUUCGUUCUAGCUACUUACGGUGAAGGAGAGCCUACUGACAACGCUGUUGACUUCUACGAGUUCAUAACUGGCGAUGACGUGUCCUUCUCCCAAGCUUCAGACCCCCCUCUCGGAAACCUCAACUAUGUUGCUUUCGGUCUAGGAAAUAACACCUAUGAACACUACAACUCUAUGGUUCGCAACGUCAAUAAGGCCCUGCAAAAAUUGGGUGCCAGCAGAAUUGGCGAGGCCGGAGAAGGUGACGACGGCGCUGGUACUAUGGAAGAAGACUUUUUGGCCUGGAAGGACCCGAUGUGGGCUGCUUUGGCAGAAAAGAUGGGACUUGAAGAGCGUGAAGCUGUCUACGAGCCCAUCUUUGGUAUCGUUGAACGUGAAGGUCUUACUAAGGAUUCCCACGAGGUCUAUCUGGGUGAGCCUAACAAGAUGCACCUCGAAGGAACUGCUAAAGGCCCCUUCAACGCCCACAACCCGUACAUUGCCCCCAUUGCUGAAUCUAGGGAGUUGUUUUCCGUCAAGGAUAGGAACUGCCUGCACCUGGAAGUUGAUAUCAGUGGCUCUAACCUGUCAUAUCAAACCGGUGACCAUAUUGCCGUCUGGCCCACCAACGCCGGUCAGGAGGUCGAUCAAUUCAUCAGCAUUCUAGGACUGGAAGAUAAGAAGGAUACUGUCAUCAGCGUCAAGGCCCUUGAACCCACAGCUAAAGUGCCAUUCCCUACGCCUACGACUUACGACGCCAUCAUCCGAUACCAUCUUGAAAUUUGUGCACCUGUUUCUCGUCAAUUCUUAGGCACGUUGGCCGCAUUCGCUCCCGAUGAUGCUACUAAGGCUGAAAUGGCAAAACUCGGCAGUGACAAAGACUACUUCCAAGACAAAAUCAGCAAGAAUCACUACAAUAUUGCCAGGACUUUGAGCGUCGUCAGCAACGGACAAAAGUGGACCAACGUUCCAUUCUCGGCUUUUAUUGAAGGUCUCACCAAGCUCCAACCCCGGUACUACUCUAUCUCGUCCUCCUCGCUUGUUCAGCCUAAGAAGAUUUCCAUCACCGCCGUCGUUGAGAACCAGUUGAUCCCUGGUCGUGCUGAUCCAUUCAAGGGUGUGGCUACCAACUACUUGCUCGCUCUCAAGCAGAAGCAAAACGGCGACCCUAACCCUGAAGCUUUCGGACUGACCUAUGAACUUAACGGACCAAGGAACAAGUACGAUGGAAUCCACGUGCCUGUACACGUCCGCCACUCGAACUUCAAACUGCCCUCUGACCCAUCUAAGCCCGUUAUUCUUAUCGGACCCGGUACUGGCGUUGCACCUUUCCGUGGAUUUGUUCAGGAACGCGCUAAGCAAGCCGAGUCUGGAGAGAAUGUCGGUCGUACACUACUUUUCUUUGGUUGCCGAAAACAGAAUGAAGAUUUCAUGUACAAGUCAGAAUGGGAGGACUAUAAGAAUGCCCUUGGCGACAAGUUCGAGCUCAUUACUGCCUUUUCACGAGAAGGUCCCAAAAAGGUAUACGUACAACACCGACUAAAGGAGAGAGCUCAGGAGGUAAACGAAUUACUCGAGAAGAAGGCCUACCUCUAUGUGUGUGGUGACGCAGCCAAUAUGGCUCGUGAAGUCAACACCGUAUUGGCCCAAAUUAUUGCAGAGCAACGCGGUAUCCCUGAAACGAAGGCAGAGGAGAUUGUGAAGAACAUGAGAGCAACGAACCAAUACCAGGAGGACGUGUGGUCGUAAAGACUGUAGGUAGAUGUAAUGUGGUUUAAAAUGCAUGACGGGGUGAGCGUUGCGGAUAGAUGGAUUUGCAUAGAAAAGGUUCACAUCUAGCCUUGUCUUGGAGUCAGGGAGAUGCGACUUUGAUUGGCUUGGGUUGUUCGCUGGCACGAUCUUGGUUCGGUAUUAAUGCGUAUCCUAAUAUGGUUCCGCGCGUUCUGUUCGUAUACAUAUUGAAAGCUACGUAAUGAUUUCUAUAAAACGAUUUAAAACUACCUGAGAUAGUGAGCUGUGCCUGAUCUAAAAAAACACGAUUAUUUCUAUAAAACAAAAGUCUUUAGAUCAGCGUUUAGAAUAGCUAUAAUUUUUUGACAUCUUAACCAUAGUUUUGCGAGGUAUCUUACAUAUUGACUACGUUGUCAUAGCCUAACUUUGUGACAUACUUCUCUUGCUAUAGCGGUGAAUAUAACUUCAUAGUAUUGAACGCAGCAUCAAACUUCCCUUCAUACAAGUUACCGUUAACUCGAAACAUGUAUUCUAACUACGUAGUAUGUGAAAUUCCAAUCUUUUCCAGAUCGACUAUUCAGCCAAGUCUAGACCAGUUAGUCGGUCAAUAUUGGAUAGACAUGGGAUGUGGUAAGUAAUUGACCAAUAAUCAAUUGUCUUCAUCCCCGGCGAUGAUGUCCAGGGGGGGAGGGGGCAGGGAGUCCACGAG